CUGCAGAAUUUGGAGCUGUGUUGAAGGCGAGGCUUCGAGCGCGUCUGGCUGGCUGCGCGUAAAAGGACCCAAACUUUCACUUCCCAGUACAGCUCUGUUGUUUAAAGCAGGAGGCUGCGCGAGGAGCUCGCCCCAGAUGUGAACUGCUCUCGGUCACACGAUGAGGCUCACCGAAGGAGAAAUAACCACCAAAAUGAUGAGGGUCACUUUUCUAACCUACUGGCACCGGUGGAUUGUUAUUUUCUCACUCUAUCAUGCUUUAUUUGCCUCAUGGGCUCACUCCGAGGGAAAUACUGUGAGAUACCAGACUCGAGAGGAGGACGCACCGGGGACUGUCAUCGGAAAUCUCGCCAAGGACAUGUCCUUGAGUCUGUCUCAUGCGUCCAAGACCAAUUUCAGAAUGAUGAAACAAUUUAAUGACUCGUUUAUUAGGGUGCGGGAAAGCGACGGGCAACUGACCGUCGGGGAGCGCAUAGACAGAGAGAGGAUCUGCAGGCACACUCCACAGUGUCUGAUCACUUUUGACGUGGUUAAUUUCUUCAAAGAUCGCUACAAAUUGAUCCACGUUGAGGUGGAAAUAAAGGACAUCAAUGACAACUCUCCGGAGUUUCCGAGCAAGGAAUCUGUGGUGGAGAUCUCCGAGAACGCACCGCUCGGGUCCCGAAUCCCCCUGGACCCCGCAGCAGACGCGGACGUCGGGUCAAAUUACAUCCAGAGCUAUCAGAUUUCUGUAAACAGUCAUUUUACUAUUGAUGUGCUCCUGAGAGCGGAUGGGGUUAAAUAUGCGGAGUUGGUGCUGAUGAAGGAGCUGGACAGAGAGACUCAGUCUUCUUAUAAUUUGGAACUGGUCGCCACGGACGGGGGGAACCCUUAUAGAUCCGGAUCAACAAAGAUCACAAUCAAAGUGACUGACUUUAACGACAACAGCCCCGUGUUUGACAAAAACAGUUUCUCAGUCAGCCUGCCAGAGGACGCGCCGGUCGGCACCGUCAUCCUGGACCUGAACGCCGUCGAUGCCGAUGAGGGACUAAACGGAGAAGUCGUCUACGGCUUCGGGAAACAGGUUUCUCACGAAAUCCGAGAACUUUUCCAAGUGGAUAAUAAAUCGGGCCGCGUGACGCUCAGGAACGUCGUGGAUUUUGAAGACAAAAGCACCUAUGAGCUGGACGUGCAGGCAACGGAUCUGGGACCGAAUCCGACCCCCUCCGUGUGUAAAAUCAUAAUUCACGUCACGGAUGUUAACGACAACGCUCCAGAGAUCAGCGUCACCCCGAUGACCUCCGUGGCGACCGGCGUGGCGCACAUCAGCGAGGCGGCAGACAAGGACAGUCUGGUGGCGCUGAUCAGCACCAUGGACAGAGACUCGGGGAUCAACAGUCAGGUUCACUGCACUUUGUAUGGCCACGACCACUUCAAACUCCGGCAGGCGCAUGAGGACAGCUACAUGAUAGUCACAGCGGCUGCUCUGGACCGGGAGCGCAUCGGUGAGUACAACCUGACGGUCAUGGCUGAGGACUUUGGGUCACCUCCGUUGAGAAAAAUCGCACAGUUCACCAUCAGACUGAGCGACGAGAACGACAACGCCCCCCACUUUGCUAAAUCCGUCUAUGAAGUUUCAGUGGUGGAAAACAAUGCCCCGGGCGCCUACAUCACCACGGUGGAGGCCAGCGACGCGGAUCUGGGCAACAAUGGGAAAAUCACCUACAGACUUUUGGAUGGUGCCAUCAUGGGAUCCCCGGUGAACACAUUUGUGUCCCUUAAUUCCGUGUCCGGCUCCAUUUAUGCGCUGAGAAGUUUUAAUUAUGAGGUGAUGAAACAGCUGGACGUUCACAUCCAGGCCAGCGAUGGGGGGUCACCACAGCUGCAGAGCACAGCUACCAUUCGAUUAAAAAUAAUCGAUCAGAAUGACAACCAGCCUUAUAUUAUAGAGCCCCCACUUUAUAAGGGAUCUGCUGAGGUGUUCCUUCCCAAAGACGCCCCUGCAGGCUAUGUGGUGACUCAGAUAAAGGCCACAGAUGCUGAUGAGGGCAUAAAUGCACAGCUGUCCUUUAAAAUCACAGAAGGGGGGCACCUGGGUUUCUCCAUCAACAAGGACACUGGGAAGGUGCUUGUGAGUCGACAGCUGACGUAUGACAUCUCAGACAAUGUCAAAGUCACAGUGGCAGUCAGCGACAAUGGAUCCCCCUCUCUAACCUCCACAGCUAUGAUCAUUUUCAGCUUCAUCGAAGGCACGCUGCCCAGUUUGCCCUCAUUGGCUCAAAAUGACAACGAGGAGCCCUUUGAAUGGGACACGUCUAUAGCUAUAAUCAUCGUCCUGGCAGGGAGCUGCUCUGUCCUCCUGCUGGCCAUCAUUCUCAUCACCACCAUUUGUAGUCGCCGAAAAAGGGAGACCAGGGAGGGGGGGUUUGAUGAAAAGAUGGACAUACCAGAUGUGGAGAAGGUGGAAAGUGGCCAUAUUGAUUCAUUGAUAGCCAACCACAAAGGCAAAACGUUUGAUACGCACCCGUUUCCAGAGGGUCUCCCGGUGGCCAGCAGCAACACGACAGAGGCCAGCUGUGAGGAGAGCAGACAGACAGCAGGGGUCUUUGAGUCCAACAGCAGAGCAACAGAGGGAAAGUUAAAGGGUUAUUCCACACUUCCUGGAUACGGGAAAGAGACCAUGAGACCCAUAACCAUAUGGAAGGGUAAUUCAUUCACAACUAUCUCUGCAAGAGAUCCUCAAAUCAGUGGCAAGGACAGUGGGAAGGGGGACAGCGACUUUAACGACAGCGACUCUGACAUCAGCGGAGACAUUCACAAGAAAGAAUCUCCACCGAUGAACAGUCUCUGGGCGUGCACGAGCGAGUGCAAAGUUUUGGGCCACUCAGAUCGAUGCUGGAGUCCAUCGGCCACCAGGCCCAACACCAGUCUGGCCUGUGGACCACAUCUGUCAACGUUCUCCAAAACAGCAACUCUCCCGCGGGAUGCAAGGAGGGAAAACUACUACCCAGCUCACUUACCCAAAACGGGUGGCCUGCAAAGCGUAUAUGAAAAAGUUCAACACCAGGAGUUUGAUUAUAUUCUCGUAGGCCCUCCGACGCCAGCCAGAAUACAGGAAACAGACGAGAUAUCCAUCCCAGAGUACACAAACUCUUAAGAGACACUAAAGAACAAAAACAAGUGUAAUUUAAAGACGUUGUACAGUACUUUACUCCAAUCUGACUGUGUUGGAUUGUUGCCGUGUUUCAGUACCGUGUCGUGUGUAUUUUGGCUCAUAUAUGACUGUUCAUUGUUUUAUGCGUAAUAUGCAAGAUUUUCUACAUUAAUAAUAUAUUUUUCAUAAGAGUCCAAUGUACAGAAAAUUUUUAUUAUGACUUUUUAAAAAGCAUGUGUCAUUAUUCAAGGGCAUGACCUUUGGAAAGGACAUAAGAAACAACGACAGGCCUUUUUGCUGUGGAAAACAAUCAACAUGAACAGUGUUUGUGGUGGAUUUUAUAACAAUGUUGCACAAAUAAAAAGCUGAAAUAAUUUCUGCUUUGCUGUUUAACAACAUGAAAACAAAAAAUAAAAAAAUAAAAUCAAGGCUUACUGGCAAACUUAAAGUUUCAUUCUACAUUUAGUCUGCAGAAAAAAACUCAUGAAGUCAAGAGAAUAAGCUCAAUUACCCAACUGUAUGCAUUUUAUUUGCCUCAAAGGCAAAUAAGCUGCAGUAAAUAAAAUAAAGUUCUCCAGCCAUUACUGUUAAACUGAUAGCAAGCAAAAACCAAUCUCAUUGUCUUCUCAUUGUUCACAGUGUGGUUACCGUGCUGCCUCAAUUUGCAUGCAAAUAUGGCACCGCUGUUCAAAUUCUACAACAAUUGCAUAUUUUUCAAAGGUCAAAGCAUCCCCUCACCUCCUGUGAUUGCCUCCCAGCUUACCAAUUAUCCCAAAAAACGUUAUUUAAUCUUGUUUCCAAGCAACAGCAGCAGCACACAUUUGAAUCUCUUUCUUAGCUAUUUUUCUUCUUUAUAAGUUUUAAUAAAGACCAGGAAGCCUUGACCACAAGUCUUGAAAUCACAAAAUUCAUAAUUAAGCAGAGGAUUUUUUUUUCCCUUCUGGGUUGCUGUAUUAUUUCAAGUCCUUGCUGUCCUCCAGCAUAUUGUGUGAAUCCAUGGAGCUAGAAUAAUGAAACCGAGUUUGACUUCAGCUUCCAUUCCUGCUGACACGCAGGCAAACAACUUACGGAAAUCUGCAGCACCCACAUAAAAAAUGUAUGUUAACAGUGGCGCUUGACAGUUUGGGAAUCUUUAAAGAAAAACAAUCUGCAUUUCUGCAUAAAUAUGACCUCAAACUAUGUCGUAUUGCAACAAAUAUUUGAAAGUAAAUAGAAAAACAACUAAACAAAUGAUGCAAUGAUAUUAUACAUGCUCAUGUGUUUGUUUAGGAAUAUUACACUUCUAGAAUUAACGGUUAAUUUGAAGGCGAAUAUAGAGUUGACUGUUGCCAUCUGCUUGGCUGAUUACACCGUCAGGAUAGAACUGAACGGUGUGCAGAGCAGUGCUGCGGGAAAAGAAACAACUUCUCCAAAAGGAAAAUGCUGCCUUUUUGUAUGUUGUGCUGCGACGAUAUGCCAAUGUCUGGAAAUUAAAAAAAUGUCAUGUUAAAAAAACUGGAAUAUUUCCAAAUAAAAAUAAAUGGGAUCAAACUGC